CCCAAUUACGUGAUACGUGACGUUGCAGCAUACGGAGGAGGGGGCCGGGGAGGGACCACUCAGACCAAGAGGGAUUCAAACGCGUUUUGAUUUUAACGCAGAAACAUUGCAUCCAGUCAAUGGGACCAAAGCGCGCUGCAUUAGCGGGACUCAUUGUCUGCUUCUGGAAGGAAGCGACUGAAAAUAUUUAAAUUUACCAGGAAAGAACUCGGGUGGCUCAGAAAGGAGUGCCCAUUUGACAGAGAUUUCGCUUAGCUAACCACUGUAAACAGAAGGGCACGGUUGAAGACCCCAUUGUAGCGGGGGAAAAUGGUCCAAAAUCACGCCUUGAUAAUAUGAGGUAGAUCCGCGGUUUUGUUGCAGUUGGAGAGUGUUGAUGCAUCGAAGGACCUCUUCGGUUAUAUCAGUGAACAGCGCGGAAUUCUAUUUCUUGCUCGACUUUCAGAGUGUUGCUGAAAAUUCUCCGGGUAAAAAGCCUUGAUUCUGAAGAGUUCCUUGUUCCCAGCGCGAUGAAUUACCAGUCGAGUGUCCCUGUGUCCGUGUCGGUCUCCGGUAUCUCCCAGCAGUCGCAGCCGGCCAUGCCCACCCCAGGCACCGUCCCAGCGCCAGUCCCCGUACCAGUACCGCAGUCCGUCCCUGCCCAGUUCGGAUCCGGAUCGUCUGCGAGCUCAGGGGCGGGCCAGUUUGGCUCGGGAACCGUAUCAGGCCAAGCUGCUCAGUCCGGCCCGCCUGGUUCUCAGUUUGUUCUGUCCAACUCCGCUGCCAUCAGGGCAGAAAUCCAUAGGUUCGAGUCCGUCCACCCGAACAUUUAUGCAAUCUACGACUUGAUCGAGCGCAUAGAUGACCUGGCCCUUCAGAAUCAGAUCCGAGAGCACGUUAUCUCCAUUGAGGCACAAGGAAGGCCUCUCCGCAGCCAGCAACAAGUAGGAGACAGUGGUGAAAAGCUUUUAGGGAAAGUGUGACACUGGAGACCUAGAUCUCAGAAUGACUUGUGUAAUCUAACGUAAUAAAGAUUUAUUUUUAGCUAAAUUGUUCCAACAAGAGGACGUGUUCCAUUUAACAUAGCCGUCAGUCUUGGGGAUAUCUGAGACCAUUUUAAAGGCCCAGGCCAUCUCUCCGGGUGUUGUUGUCUUUAAAGAUUAGGCUACUUCUCCUCAUGGAUAAAGUUAACUAAAAACAAAGAAGUGCUGGGAAGGGCAAAUGAUUACCGAAAGUGACAGGCAAAAAAUAGUGGUUGAAUAUGACCUGAUUUUUUCACUAUAGCCACAACCUUUCAGAUGCAAUACAGCUAGAGAUGUUGAUGUUGAUGUGAAAUAGUCUACAGUAGUGUUUCUCAAUGGGGCCUCUACAGCCCCUCAGGGGGCCCUUGGGUGGCGUUGAGAUGGAUACAGCUGAGAGGGGGCAGUGCUUUGUUGCCUCUGAGGGCCAUAGUAUAUAUAUUUUUUAAUAUUAAGGGAGGCCUUGGCAGGCAUGUGAUGAGGUCAAUGGGGUGUUUGGCAGGCUUAUGAUAAGGUCAAGAGGGCACUCAAAAAAGGUUGAGAACCACUGGUCUAGAACCAUGUAUCUGAUGGCAACUGGAUCCUAGUACUACGUGUAUAAAAGAUAAAGAAUGAUAGCGAUUCUGAUAAAAUACCAAUUCAAUAUGUUUACAUGCCGUUUUUUCCACUACAGGACACAUUUCAUGCUAAGUAAGAAUAAUAUAUUUAAUGAGUCUACUGACAAGAGUUCAUUUUCAACCCAUUCUUGUCUAAUGGUCAAAUGUUUUUUGGUAAGAUUAUAAUAGUACUGUAAUAGCAAAGUAGUAAAAGCUAUAAUUAACAUAAAUCAUUAUCACAUACAGUACACUACAGAGAGAUGACAGUUAUUUCAUUCAUUUCGGCUUCUUCUCACUUGAUCAUCUGUGUUGCAAGAAAGUCUGUCCAUACAUACUGGCUGUAGGGCUUAUACAACAGGUCCAUGCAUUUCCAUUGCUUGUGGUGUUCAGGGGUUGUUUUACCAGUGAUAGCCAUGGCCAUGCGGUUGGUGUGAAGACCUGAAGAGAAAGUAUUUUGCCCUGUGCUUUCAACCCCUUCACAGCAUUUUGUAGGGUGAUGGAAGAGUUGCCCUGUGGCCAUGGCAAGUGAUGUUCUCGCAGGGGUCCAGGGGAGGGCUACUUAGUGGCUCAUCUCUUGUAGUGUGUGUGUGUCAAAACAAUGGAGCUCAUGCAUUUCCCCUCAAAGCCUCUUUGUCUCGUUAACACUUGUGAUUUAACUCGAUCGGGAUUUCGCCAUAGAUUCUUUUGUCAUGCUAAUGCUAAUUCUUGGUACUCUUUUUGAACCUCAACCUUGACCUCUGAACACUCGGUAAGGCCUCGAAUCGCAUGGCAGCGAGGACGACGAGAGUUCAAGGUCUUUGGGUCAGCUGGCUCUUUUCACUGGGUGAUUCUGUGUGUGCAUGUGCGUGUGUGUGGUGCGUGUGCGUGUUUGUGCAGGGCAGCUGACAGCUUUCGCUGGGCCCGGGACAAAGUAAUCUGAAAGGGCCCCCUACCCAAUACAUACAAUGUAAUGGGGACCCAAUUCUGGGUCCCCUAUCGCCCUGGGCCCGGGUCAAUAUACCCCUUUGCCCCCACCCCUUGUGGGCGGGCCUGUGUGUGUGUGUGUGUGUGUGUGUGUGUGUGUGUGUGUGUGUGUGUGUGUGUGUGUGUGUGUGUGUGUGUGUGUGUGUGUGUGUGUGCGUGUGUCCCACUGACUCUGGCAUGGCUAAUCUGACACUGCUCUGGUCCUGCAGAGGAACAGAAGUCGCAGCAGAAUGUGACCCAUUGUUCUGCUCGGACAAAAGGCGCACUCUCUGCCUUGACGGAUGGGUCUUUUUUAUGGGUGUUGGGGCCCUCUCCCUCUUAUGAGUGCUCUCUAAAAUCCCUCCAACUGGUGUUAUGCCAUAUUUUAUCUAAAAUACCUAGAAAUGCUUUGGAUAUUCUCUUAUCUAUUGUCAGUCACCCUCAACUAAUGAUUUUAGUAAUCUAAUCAUAUGAUGUGUUUUGUGUCCACUGAAAGGAAAAUGCUUUGGAUAUUCUCUUAUCUAUUGUCAGUCACCCUCAACUAAUUAUUUUAGUAAUCUAAUCAUAUGAUGUGUUUUGUGUCCACUGAAAGGAAAAUAAAGGUCUGCAAAACUGUUUGAUGCUCCCAAAAUGUAAUGGGAUGACG